UACAUCAGAAAGAGUGAUCGAGCUUCCUAUUCUGAGGAAACAUUACAAAGAGCUCUUUCUGAAAUACGUAAUGGGAAAAGUAAGGCAUCUGUAGCCAAAGUAUACAACAUCCCAAGAUCCACAUUAAUCAAGAGAUUGAAAAAGAAUGCUACUCCUUUGAACUUGGGACGAUUUUCCCCAACUUUCACCCCAGACCAAGAAAAAGAGCUAGAGGUGAACAAUAUCAUCAUCGAUUCAACCGAGAGAAGAAAUUGGCAGGAAAAGACUGGAUAGAUGGAUUUUUCCGUCGAAAUCAACAGCUAUCUUUACGGAAGCCAGAAGAAGCCACGAGUCUCAACAGAAUAUUAGGUUUCAACAAAAAAAAAGUAAAUGAAUUUUAUUCGAAAUUACAGUGUCUUCUCCACAAAUACAAAUUCGAAAGCUCUAGAAUCUACAAUAUGGAUGAGAGUGGAAUCACCAAUGUUCACACACCAGAAAGAAUCAUUAGUGAAAAAGGAAAAAAGCAAGUCGGACGGCUCACUUCAGCUGAACGGGGUACAACUACUACAAUAGUUUGCGCAAUGAGCGCAGCAGGAGAAUAUAUCCCCCUAUGAUUAUAUUCGCAAGAAAAAGAAAAAACGAUCAACUGAUGAGAGGGGCUCCAGUUAAUUCAGUUUCACACCUCACUCAAUCUGGAUGGAUGGAUCAAGAGGGAUUUAUUAUGUAUUUGCGUCAUUUCGCUACUUACUCACACUGUAGUCCUGAAAACCCUGUUUUGCUCAUCCUAGAUGGCCAUGCCAGCCACAAAACUUUAUCAGCUAUAUUAAAGGCGAGAGAGUUAGGAAUACAAUUGCUCACAAUUCCUCCCCACACAAGCCACAGGUUGCAACCUCUAGAUCGCACCUUUUUUGGGCCACUGAAUAUAUUUUAUAAUCAGGAGUGCUCAAGAUUCAUGACAAAUAAUCCUGGGAAACGAAUUAGUGUGUAUGAUAUCGCAGAGCUCUUCAACAAGGGUUACCUAAAAGCCGCAACUAUGAACAACGCCAUCAAAGGUUUUCAAACGACUGGCAUAUGGCCUUUUAAUAAUGAAUUAUUCACCGAAGUUGACUAUGUGAAUGUUUAUGAUAAGGAUAAGGAAAAUAUCAUUAAUUCCGAAAAUACCAUUGAAACUCAUCCACCAGAUAGAGAGCAACCACGGGAGACCACGCCACCUCCAGGAGAUGAAAAUCCAUUGGAACGCUAUCUGAAUACACCGACACGAAACAACGAAAAACCACAAGAAGAGAUUCCUAGCAGCUGCUCUACAAAAGCUUCAAGAUUAUCUAGAGUGGAGGAAAUUUCUCCGCUGCCAAUUGCAACGCGUUCUGGACAGGAGAAGGGACGUAAAGUUCAGAAAUCCGAUAUAUUAACGAGCACUCCUUAUAAAGAUGCUCUGGAAAGUCCACAGAAUGUUGACGGAAAAAAGAGGAAAGCAGCAAGUAAAAAACUGGACAGUGACAAUGGUACAAAGUCUAUUACCAAGUCGAUUGGUACCAAACCAUCUGUUUCCAUCUCGAAACCAACAAAAAAGGCGAAAAAAUCAAAAAAAUAUAAACGAACUGCAUCAUCAUCAAGUUCAAACAUGUCUGAUGAAAUGAGCAUCAGGGAUUCUUCCUCGGACGAUGAUAUUCCCAUACAUUUUUGCUUAAUAUGCAAAGAACAAUUGGCAGAACCUCCAGAUCAAGAGAUCAUUAUGUGCGCCGUAUGCAAAAAUUGGGCACAUGAGGAUUGCACAGAUUUCGAGCCCAGGAAAAAAAUUACAUAUGUGACUUUUGUCGGGCAUAAUUUGUUGUUACUCUUACCCCAAUAUGUAGGGUAAGAGUGACAGUUGCUUGUAAGAAGAAAAUGU